CUGGCAUCUCCUCCUUGUUCGACUCUCUCACUUCCAGUGGUGCCUGCGUGGGUAGGACAGCGGUGGUCGGGAUGCUUUGGCGAGACCUGAAGGCGUGGCAGGUCUAUGGCGCCAACACAGACGUUGGCAAGACCAUUGUCUCGACGAUUCUAUGUCGAGCUUUGCAACGCCGAGCAUCGCCUAAUGGCUUGCUGUACCUGAAGCCCGUCUCCACCGGACCUCAGGCCGAGGCUGAUGAUAGGUAAGCACAACUUACUCACCGAGGUACCCUUCUUCUUAACUGCAAACAUAGGCAUAUCAGGCAAUAUGUGCCGGACAUCGUCUCGAAAUGCAUUUCUCAAUUUUCUAAGCCGCUCAGUCCUCACUUGGCGGCCCAGCUUGAUGGGAGCAGCUCAAUACCGACGUCCGACCAUCAGAUAGUCAGGCAAGUCAAGGAGCUCCUUUCUCAGCACAGCCAAGCCGGAGGACGAUAUGCCAUCCUCGAAACAGCGGGAGGAGUCUUGUCUCCCGGACCUUCUGGCUCCGUUCAGGCCGAUCUGUACAGACCACUACGUCUGCCCACUCUCCUUAUCGGAGACAGCAAACUUGGAGGUAUAGGCACUACUAUCUCAGCCUUCGAAUCACUCCAUGUACGAGGAUACGAUCUCGACUCGUUGAUCCUGUUUGACGACUCUCAAUGGCGCAAUUAUGGCUACCUCGAGAAACACUUCUCAAAGCAUGACAUACCGACCGUCGCUCUUCCAAUGCCUCCCACGAGACGACAAGACCCCAAGGAUGACGAGGCCGUCUUGUCAGACUACUAUCAAGAAUGCUCCGAGUCUAAAGCCGUUACCAGUCUGAUAGACCUUCUCCAACAAAGACACUUCUCCCGUGUCUCAAAACUUACAUCAAUGCCUUCGCAAGCCGAGGGAGUGAUAUGGCACCCUUUCCGCCAACACAGCAUUCCCCAUAACAUCAUCGCCAUCGACUCAGCCUACGGCGACCACUUCCAAGCGUACAACCAAGAAUCCGAUCCCUCCCUGGCCUCGUCCACCACAACCUCGAGUUCAGGUCUAGCACCACUCGCAGCACAACCACCCGCCAAGUCUCUGCUCACACCUCUCUUCGACGCCUCAGCAUCAUGGUGGACUCAAGGUCUCGGUCACGGCAACCCCGACAUCGCACUCACCGCCGCCCACGCCGCCGGUCGGUACGGACACGUCAUGUUCGCCCACGCCGUGCACGAACCAGCCCUCGACAUAUCCUACAACCUGCUCUCGACCCUGCAAAACCCACGCCUGAACCGCGUCUUCUUCACCGACAACGGCAGCACGGGCAUGGAAGUCGCCGUGAAAAUGGCCCUGCGCGCCUCGUGCCAGCGCUACGGCUGGGCCAAGGACGACGGAGGAUCCCCAGUCGCCAUCCUCGGCCUGAAAGGCAGCUACCACGGCGACACGAUCGGCGUCAUGAAUUGUUCCGAACCGAACAUCUUCAACGAGAAAGUCGACUGGCAUCAACCAUGGGGCCACUGGUUCGAUCCGCCGUCCCUGCUCAUGCGACAUGGGAAAUGGGAACUCAGCAUUCCCGAGGACAUGCAAUCUAGCAGCAUUCACGCCAACGACAGAACAGUCCAGGUCUUCGACUCACUCGACUCAAUCUUCAACUUCGACGCUCGCCAAGCCGACACAGCCCGGUACGAAGAACACAUCAAAUCGACCCUGACAACCCUCGUCAAGGACCAAGGCAAACGUUUGGGUGCGUUGAUCAUGGAACCUCUCCUCAUGGGCGCGGGCGGGAUGAUUUUCGUGGACCCGCUGUUCCAACGCACGCUUAUCACCACGAUCCGCUCGAACCCCGAUCUCAUAGGAACUCCCGUUGAUGGACCAGAACCCAACUGUUCAGAUUCGAACUGGACCGGCCUCCCUCUCAUCGCAGACGAAGUCUUCACCGGCCUCUACCGGCUCGGCCGCGCCAGCUCAUCAUCCUUCCUUUCCACGCCGGCCGAGAACUUUUCCACACAAUCUCCAUCUGCCGCUCAAUCACCACGCCUUCACACCCCGAUCGCGCCAGACAUAUCCGUGCACGCCAAACUUUUAACCGCGGGCCUGUUGCCGCUCGCGCUCACCGCAGCCAGCGAAUCCAUCUUCCAAACGUUUCUGUCCGCCUCGAAAUCAGACGCCCUCCUCCACGGACACUCGUACACCGCCCAUCCCAUCGGCUGCAUGGUCGGCAACAAGGCGCUGGAUGAGUAUCGGCGGAUGGACACCGAGGGGUCGUGGGAUGAGUUCAAGAAACCCUGGACCUCAUCGACAUCCCAGUCCACCACUCCGGCCCUCUCGUCUGCAUCCCCUCCUACGCAGGCGACGCCGGUGUUUUCAUUCUUCCCGCCCUCCCUUCUCGACACGCUCUCUCACCAUCCCAAACUGAGAGGUUGUUUCGCGUUGGGCACCGUCCUCGUGCUCAAAGUCGCGUCCGAGGGAUCGGGCUAUAACUCGUCCGCCACAGCGUCACUGCAGGCUCUUCUGCUCACGCUGCUGGAUUCCGAAGGGUGUGGGAUCCAUUCCCGCGUCUUGGGAGAUGUUAUAUACUUCAUGACAAGUUUGACAACGACUCCCGAACAGGUUGAAAGAUUGAGCAAGACGUUGCUGCAAGCGUUAGAUCAGCAGUGAUACUACCAAAGCUCACCAAAACUUAUACUACGAACCGAGGAAGCUUGCAUUAUAUGGUAAUGUCAGCUGGUCGAUUAAGAUGCUAUCGCAGACUGUGGACUGAGAGAUCGCCAUUUGAUGCAAGGGGGAGGCGCACACCGGCGUGGGGCAUCUCUACCUUUGCCCGGAAGCGCUCACUGGUCCAGAUUCUAUGGCGGCUCGACUUACGAUAUAAGAGGCCUCCAUGUCAGCAUAUGUAUCGAGAAAGCAACGUAGUGUGAUCGUUCAAACAGUCUGACUUCAAUCGCUUAGUCCAGCCUCCGACUCCUAUCUCAAACAAUGGGUGUACUUGUAGCAAAACGCAGUCUCAAAGGCUAUCAAUGAG